ACCACAACCGCAACCGCAACCGCAACGAUACCAAGCGAAGCCGCCGCCACCGCCACCCAACCCAUUGAACCCAACACCCACACGACCGGCGAGAAGAGAAAGAAACCGAAAGGAAAAAAAGGGAGGAGAGGGAAGAAGAAAGAGAAGGAACGAAAGGGGGAAAAGAGAAAAAAGAGGCGGCAGCGGCGGAGGGACGGCGACGAGGAGGGGAGGGGGGGUCAUCCGAUCUGGAGUCGCGUCAAACCCUCCUCCGUAAAAUUCCACCCCCCCUCUCCCUCCCUCCCCCUCUCCCCUCCGUCCCUCGGGUCCCCGCUUCUCGAUCUGCCGCUGCCGAUCGAUCGAUCGGUCGAUCCGGUGUGCCGAUCGAUGGGAUGUGCGGGGAAGGGGUCGGUCCCUGCGGCCAUCGGUUGCUGAUUUGGGGGGGUUCCACUGGUAACGCCAUAACUGUGAUAUAUUCUUCCGAAGUGUUCAGUGCAUUCAGCUGCUCCCUGUAGUUGAUUUCAAGAUGACAAGUAGGAAAAGUAACAGAUCUACAGUCACAUCAUGCACUGCUCUGCAUAUGGAAUGGGACAGGAUUUCUUGCCCUAUUUGUAUGGAGCAACCACACAAUGCUGUUUUACUUAUAUGCAGUUCCUACAAGAAUGGUUGUAGAUGUUACGUUUGUAACACUAGUCAUCGACACUCUAAUUGCCUAGAUCGAUUCAGAGAAAUGAAUGGAGAUAGUAAGGUCCGUGCUUCACACUCAACCACUUCGGUGAUUUCAAACUCCAAUAACAGAACUGUUGAACGAAGCUCUCACUAUAGUAUGAUUCCCAGACAAAGACGUACCAAUAAUGCUAAUAACCAAGAACCUGCAAAUUCAACAUUAUCUGUAGAAGAUAGCAUUGUAAUGGAAGAAUGUCAUGAUGCCAUGCAAAGUUCAGCUGACUUGAAGUGCCCUCUCUGUAGAGGUUCUGUAUCCGGCUGGAUUCCUGCUUCAGAAGUGAGGAAGUAUCUGAACGAGAAGUUGAGAGCAUGCUCUCAUGAGUCCUGCAAAUUUGUUGGAACGUACGAGCAGCUGCGUGAACAUGCCAGAACUGUUCAUUUGCUUGCAAAGCCUGCUCAUGUGGAUCUUUCAAGGAAAAGGACUUGGGAUCUCCUUGAGCGUGAGCAGGAGGUUGGUGAUGUCAUAAGCGCAAUCAGGUCCCAGAAUCCUGGGGCAAUAAUAGUGGGCGACUAUGUCAUCGAGACCAGAGAUGCGAUGUCACCUGAUGAAAACACUGGAGAUGAAAGUAAUGACGAGUGGUAUUCACCGGUUCAGGACUCAUUAGAAUCACCUGAUAACAGGUAUGUCUGGCCGCAUGAUGCUCCGGGAUCGUCUAUUUUCUGGGCAGAGGAAAGGCAUGGACUGCCAAGGUUUCAGCCUCAGAAUAACCGAACUCAGCCACGGUUUUCUUUCAGUGACAGGAGCAGCUCACGUUCAGAUUGGCACAGCAUCCGUCGGCCGAGCUCACGCAACCCGGUGCGUCGAGGCUUCUUCAGUCGACAGCACAUGAACAGCAGCAGCAAUUAUCGUGGCUUUCGUCCCCAACCUUUUGAUCGGCCGAAUGGUAGCAACUAUCGUUCAGGUAUCAACAGGAGCCUAGAUGACCCAUCGACUGUGCCCAGGCGUCAGCGUUUGAGGUACACGCACAGGAGACAUCAUACCCGUGAUUGAUCUAAGCAGCAUUUGCUCUUGCUGUACAAAUUAAUCGGCAAAAACAGCCAAGCUAUCCUUGUAAAUAUCAAUGUCAAACUCAAAUUUACGUUUCUUUAGUUGGUUUAUGCUAUAUAUCAAAUUAUCAAUGUAUAUUAUUAACAAUCUAGUCUAGAGGCAAGACUUUGCUCCCUAAAUAUCAUCUUCAGUAUUGUUGUAACGUUCAGAUGCAAUUCUUGACUACUUGACUGGCCUAGUUGACCGAUGUGCAUUGGACAUCUAAUUGUGAAGCGAAAAAUGGCAUUCGGAGUUGACUU